AUGAAGGUGUUUAAUUUGGCACUGCAGGAGGGAAGGAGUGAUGAUAGAGAGCAGCUUACGAAGAGGAAAUAUCCUUCUGCGAAAGACAACGAGGAGUGGGGGCUGCCGCCUCUUGAUUCGCCUGAAUGGGACAGUCUUAUACGAUUCUUCGGCCGUGAAUGGUUCGGGCGUGUCUGGAUCGUUCAAGAAGUUCGCGUGGCAUCCAAUGCAAUUGCUCUCAUCGGUGACUACGAAAUCUCUUGGAUGAUAGUCUAUAUCGAAUCCAGCUGGUUUGCAACAAAGAAUUACAAGCACUUGUCAGCAGGAAAUGGUCACAUCGGAAUCGUCGCGUGGGCCAAUCGAAUCGGCUGCCAUAAGUUGGACCGCAAUGCCUCAUUCCGUGUCCCUUUAAGCAGGAUUAUUAGGCAAAUGCGUCCAAGUAAGUCGACUGAUCCGAGAGACAAGAUUUUUGCACUGCUUGGCAUGGCUGAAGAAUCGGAGAACUGUGACGAUCCGAGGCUGAAGCCCUACUACUCGAAAUCUCUCGAGCACACCUAUCGAGACAUUUCGCGGCUUCUGAUUGACCACGAACGCAGUCUACAGAUCCUUUCAGCUGUGGGUUGGGUACCUGACCCUCGUUCACCAUUGAACUGGAGACAGACAAAUAACGAAACGGAAUUCGGGACUGAAACGUUAUCAAGUAUCGAAUGGGGUCCACCUGAUGAGAGUGUCAUCUUUCCAUCUUGGGUCCCAAGGUGGGAUUGUCCAACAAUUGCGCUUCCACUUGUCGAUCGACGAGAUCAUGAGGUUUUCUUUCAUGCUAGUGGAGAUUACCCUUUGGGCUUAAGUCCCUCUGCUGACGCGAACACUCUGAUCGUGAAGGGGCUAGAAAUCGACGUAGUAGCACGUACAAGCGACGUCGAGUUUUCUAAAUACAUUGGAUACGAAUCUCAUCAGACAGCAAUUGAUAGAGCUUGGCAGGAAAUGGGUGACCGUGCUGCCAUAUAUCCAGAGGAAUACCGCCUGGAUGUUUUCCACAUGACCCUGACAGCAGGUUUGAUGCUGAAUCAGAAGGAAGCUGAAGGCGAUGCGAACUAUCGAGAGAACGUCAAAGCUUUUCGGGAAAGGAUACCUAGAUACAAUAAGGCUCAAGACGAAUCCCAUACCAAGGUCCCUGACGACGACGAUACUAAGGUCCCGAAUAUCGACGUUGAUCCAAGACUGGUGGAUACAAGCGAGGACAAUGAGCUACUCAUCGAUACGGCAAGCGAUCCUGACGUAUAUCUCCGUCUAGUGGAAGGUUAUUGUUCGGAACGACAGCUUUUCAUUACAAGGCAAGGAUACCUGGGUUUGGGUCCUAAGGGCAUUCGUCCCGAAGAUACCGUUUGCAUACUUUUUGGCGGCGAUACUCCUUAUAUUUUGCGCAAGAAAGACACUUGUUGGAAGUUUGUUGGCGAAUGUUAUGUGUAUGGUCUGAUGAAAGGUGAGGCUGUAAGAGACUUCAUGGGAGACGGAGACACUUUUAUGAUCCUUUGA